AUGUCGGAACCGACCAACGCUGUGGUACCCCCCAAUCCCAACGGCACGACGACUGAUCCGGGGCAAGGCACUAAAGUGUUGACGGCGUCCGCCCUUCCGAACAACUAUACCACCUUGCCAAAGGAGCAGCGGUUAGCCUGGCUGGACACGCAACCUUCACCAUGGGACAAUACCAUGUCACUCGGCACCGUCUUCAAACGUGCUGAAACUUUCAACGCGUCUAUGCACAUUAUAUCAGACGUCUUGGCCACUUUCAAGGCGAAGUACGCUUCGAAGUCAUCACAGGACAAAGGCCGUAAGGCAUUGUUUGCCCUGAUCCAAGCCUUCAAUACAUUAACCUACACCUUGGGCAACGCGCAGUAUGCGGACUACCAUCUUCUUCUUCAAGAUGGCACAGUGGGUAACCAAUUGGAACUUGAGGCAGGCCCAUUCAUAGAUUUAUCGGCAGAUGAACAGCCAGCUUCUCUCUUGGCAGGCUUUGUGAAGGGGCUCCAGCUCUUUGUCGACGAACAGCCAAAGCUGUCGCAGGUCAGCUUCGGAUUGGGCAGCAUGUCAGCUGCUGAUAUUAUCAUCGCCAAUGUGGAAGCGGGGAAGAGUUUCCUUAAGUUAUAUACUGAUCGGGACAGGGGGCUCUCGACAGAAGCGCCAGUCCAAGAUCCGGAUCAGGGACAGAACGACACAGAUUCCAAAACAUUGUUGAGUGCUACUGAGGAAAAUGUCACUUUACCAUUGCCUAGAGUUGUUAAGCCUGGUGCUACUUUGGAACUUUGA